AGAAGAAAACCAUAGACUGAAUCUCACUUUUGUGACUCUAGCUGCAAAACUGUUUUAAACAAAUGGAAUCCAGCAUCACAUCAGUAAAAUAAUGCAUCAUGAUCAAGAGAAGUUUAUUCACUUAGAAAUAUUUUUCCUGCCGUAUUACUCAUUUACUUUAACAUCCACAUAUGCAGUGAUUUGAAUUGGUAAAGUACUGUGGUUAUUAGAUUAACAGCUUAAUUUAAAUAUUCAGAUAACAAUGUAUGAAAACAUCAUUACCAGUAAGGAUUUUGACUAGUAAAUUGACAUGGAAUGCUAUGUGAAGUUGGUGCCAUUUCAGAAUGUGUCACAUAGUAAUCUUAUACCAUAAUUUGCAUAAAAUUAAUAGAAAUUCAUUUUGAGAUGUUAGUAUAUAAUGUACUAUACAUUACUGUGGUAUACAUGUUGUAGAUAUAUUUAGGUAUUUGGUCACAUGGUUUCACAAUAUGUUACAAUACUUCAGGCUCUAGGACCCAAGGGGAAAAAGAGAGAGAGAGAAGUUUAUUCAGGGUAUGAGAUAAUGGAGCCUUAGGAAAUUUAUUAGUAUAAUUUGUUUUAUUGAUAGGCUUAAAGAGAAAAAUCAUAUGGUUAUCUCCAAUUACCUAAUGAAAAGCAUUUGACAAAAUUCAACAGCCAGUCUUUAUAAAUAGCAUUCAGUAAAAGAGUAGUCAAUGGCUGUUUCCUUAUAUUAUAUAUACUUAAUGUGUACACAUAUGUAUAUAUCUCAAAUCCCAAUAUCAUGCUCAGUGGUGAUACAGUAGGCUUUCCCUCUGAAAAGAGAACAGGACAAGAAAUCUCACUGUGAUCGCUAUUGCUUAAUAUACUACUUCAGAUACUAGCCAACUGGGACAAGCGAAAUUAGAGGAAUAACCAUUUGAAACAGAGAGCAGGAUGAAGUUAAAGGAAGUAGAUCAUACAGCUAUGCAGGCAUGGAGCCCUGCUCAGAAUCAUUCCAUUUACCUAGCUACAGGAACAUCUGCUCAGCAAUUGGACGCAACAUUUAGUACUAAUGCUUCCCUUGAGAUAUUUGAAUUAGACCUUUCUGAUCCGUCCUUGGAUAUGAAAUCUUGUGCCACUUUCUCUUCUUCUCACAGGUACCACAAGUUGAUAUGGGGGCCUCAUAAGAUGGAUUCCAGAGGCAAUAUCUGUGGAGUUCUGAUUGUGGGUGGUGAAAAUGGAAAUAUUAUUCUUUAUGAUCCUUCUAAAAUUAUAGCUGGAGAGAAGGAAGUUGUGAUUGCCCAAAAUGACAAGCAUACUGGCCCAGUGAGAGCCUUGGAUGUAAACAUUUUUCAGACUAAUCUGGUGGCCUCUGGUGCUAAUGAGUCUGAAAUUUACAUUUGGGAUCUAAACAACUUUGCAACUCCAAUGACACCAGGAGCCAAAACACAGCCCCCAGAAGAUAUCAGCUGCAUUGCAUGGAACAGACAAGUCCAGCACAUUUUAGCAUCAGCCAGUCCCAGUGGCCGGGCCACUGUAUGGGAUCUUAGAUAAAAUGAACCUAUCAUCAAAGUUAGUGACCAUAAUAACAGGGUAAGUGUAUGAUUGAUUUGUGAUGAAUAUUUUGUAGGUAAUCCUAUUCUUCUGUAGGUAAUCCUAUAUCGUUUGUCAGAGCUGGCAACAAAUCAAAUUUCUGUAAAGUCAAAGCCUGUAUUUUUGUGGACCAGUCAUGUUGGAACAAUAAGACUUUUCCUUAGGGAAAAUAAAGUUCUCAGUAAACCAUGUUAGAUAUUAUUAAUGAUGAAGAGAGAGAGAUUGGGUCCUUAAUCCAUGAUAUUCUGCUUGUUCUGCUAGCUGUUCCAAAGCAUUACAACAACUU